AUGGAAGUAAGAAUGGAGAUCUCUCUUUUCUCCGGUGAGAAUCCCUAUGGGUGGGCCACCAGAACGUAUAGAUAUUUUCAGAUUGAAGGAGUAAACCAAGAAGAAAGUGUGCAACAGGUGGAAGAAGCUACAGAUGGGUACCCUUCGAAUUGCAAGAAGGCUCCAAACAAGAAUACAAGGACAAUUCAAGAUAUGUUUGACCAAGAAACAGGUGAGGACAAGGCUGAAGCUGCCUUAAGCCAAAAGGGAAGGAGGAGGGGCCAAACUAGAGAAACAAAUGGGGAGUGGCCAAUGGGGCAAUCAGUGGAGAAUGGAAGGAAAAACAGUUCAAGUGGGUGGCUGCAUAAACAAGCAGGGGUGGGGUGGGAAGAACAAGUGACAGCAGUGGAGAACGUAAUUGUUAUGCUUUCCCCACCAGAACCACCAUACCUUGGUGCUCAGAUGGUGGCUAAUGUUAUGUUGGAGUUACAGGCAAGAAUGUAA